GGCUCUGUGCGCGUCGGCGGCCGCCGCGCUCGGUCCGCGCCGGGACGCGCUCGGUGCGGCCGCGGUUUCCGUGCAAUCCCCUGCUUCCAGUGCCCAAAUCCCUUCGUCUGGAGCAUCACCAGCGUGUGGAGCCUGCCCCACACACCCCAUCCCAGCCAAGCCACGGCCUUUACCUGCGUGUUCCGCUGUUUCCCGUGCGACCCCUCCUGCGGGAGCGCCUCCUGGGCCACCCCCGACUUCAGCCAGCGCUCCGUGGCUCCAAUGGUGAAGAUGACAAGGUCCAAGACUUUCCAGGCAUAUCUGCCUUCCUGCCACAGGACCUACAGCUGCAUCCACUGCAGGGCUCACCUGGCCAACCACGAUGAGCUCAUCUCCAAGUCCUUCCAGGGCAGCCAAGGACGAGCUUACCUCUUCAACUCCGUAGUGAACGUGGGCUGUGGCCCUGCAGAGGAGCGGGUGUUGCUAACAGGACUGCACGCCGUGGCAGAUAUUUACUGUGAAAACUGCAAAACCACGCUGGGCUGGAAAUAUGAACACGCUUUUGAAAGCAGCCAGAAGUAUAAAGAAGGCAAAUACAUCAUUGAACUAGCUCACAUGAUCAAGGACAACGGCUGGGAUUGAGCAGAGCCCGGCCCAGCAGUGCCAGAGAUGCCACCCAACCGAACAUUGUACCCAAGAGUGAGAGAGUGACUGAACGCUUGGUUCCAUGCAUUUAGAGGCUCUGCAAUCCUGGAGCAUCUUCACACCCUUCUCCAUCUUUAUUGGUGACUGGCCUCUAAAUUUCUGUCUCUCUGUCUCUUUGCUUUGUAUCUGUUUGUGAGUUGACCCUGGCUGCUUCUCUCUCUGUUCUGUUGGCUCAGAGAAUGCACCGAAUGCCCGACAGCCAUUCCAUGUGCCCAGAGCUCCACCCAGCCUGGCCUGGGCUCUCCUGGCACCUCCCAGGUGCUGCCAACGCCGAGGUUGGGCAGGAGAAGGUGGGACAGGGGUGGGGCCUGCAGGGGAACCAUCAGAGGGUGAUGCUGUGCUUCUCCUUUCAGUCCUGGGUAAGCAAGGCUUGAAACCAUCUCCUUGUUAAAUGGACAGAGAAAAACAUCCACUUGUCUAAAUGGAUGGAGAAAUAUCCACUUGUCUAAAUGGAUGGAGAAAUAUCUCCUUGUCUGAAAGGACAGAAGUUACCUCAUGGUUGUGUUUUCUCUCCAAAUCCAUCGGUGGAGCCUCAGCCCGAGCUGGCUGAGCCCAAGGCAGAGCCAGUUCCCCCCACAAUCUGUGUUUUGUUUGCUGUUUAUGAACUCCUUGUUGCAGGGGGCAGGGCUGGAGGCUGGAGAGAUUCCUGCCUCUCCUUUUCCUCGCUGGUUCAGGGUAGGGAGGCUGAAGGUCCCAGCUGAGCACGGCCCUGGGGAGCAUCCCCAUGGCUGGAGAAACCAAAUCCUGACCUGUGAGCCCUUCAGAGAGGAGGAGAAAAGCACCUCAGGCACAAGGAGGCUGGAGCUGCAGCCUAGAAAAUGUGGAGGGGUGAAAAAAGGCACGUGUGAGGCAAGGAGGGGGAAAUUCCAUAGAGGAGGAUGGGGACAAACAGUGACAGAGGGUACCCCUGGCCUCCCCUGAGCACCCUUGGCGGUGUUUUACCAAUCUUUCACAAGUGCAAGGAGGAAAAUGCUGUUAGAGAACCUUUUCCUGGGAUGCCAGGCUCCACUGGGGGAGCCUGGCACAGAAAUGGGGCGAGGAGGGAGCUGAGUUGUGGCAGUUGUGUUGCACAGGUGGAUAUUUCAUCCCUGAGGUAUCCUCCCCCCUUUCCCCACUCCCAGCAGCCCAUUGCAGGCACGGGGAGAAUGGGAAAGGAAAAAAAGAAAAAAAAACAAGAAAUGAAGCAUUUCCCAGCACCCCUGGAAUGAUCCAUGCCUUGAGGGGUGCAUGUGGGUGUCAGAACUGCAAGGGACAACGAGUCCUUCCCAUUUCCAUUUGUCCCUGGUGAUUCCUGAGCACCUUCCUGAGGGGAUGGUGGGGAAGGGGUGUCCUGUGUGCCAGGGGAGCUGUGUCAGGCCAAAGUGAAAUGGGAAGUUUGCUCUGCAGCAUCCAGCCAGUAUCUGGUGCAUAACCCAGGACUAUUGAGCUGAGCUUGUUCUGUCUCUCCCCGAGUGAAUUUUUCUUUUUGUUGGCAGAAUUCUUUCAAGUGGGUUAAUCCAUGGGGGGAAAUCUUCCUUAGUCCAGAAGGAAGGAGUGUUGUGCAGGGAGGGGGUGGUGGCUCCUCAUGGAGCAGCAGCUUUGGAGCUGUGAUCUGCAGUCACUGCCCCCACCCCUGAGCGAUCCCAGGGGGCUCUGGAGGAGUCAUUUGAUGUUCACUUGGCAGGGAAUGGAGCAGAGACUCUCCUGAGGGAUCAGGGUGGAGUUUAGGGUUGGAUCCUUGUGCUGAAAGCCAAGCCUGGUGAAGCAGAGGUUGUUUUGUUUUUGUUCUCUCUCAAAGCUCUGCUCUUGACAGCCUUGGAGAAUUGAGGUGGAGUUGGGGACCAACCUGUGCAGAGGUGGCUUCUGCCCUCACCCUCCUGCUCUGGCUGUGUAAAGCUGCUCCAGCUUUUGUUUUGGGCUGUCUCUGCUCCUGCCAGCCACGUUCCCUCAGUGACAAAUCCAGUACAAAUCAAAAACCCCACAGCACCUGCUGUCCUGUGGACUCUGGCACUGACCUGGUGCCAUCUCCCUGUCCCUCCAUUGAGGAUCCAUGGCAAUUUGUUGGGUUUUGACUAGUGGGAAGCAAUUCCUGCUCUUCAAAGAGCUCUUUAUUCUCCACAGAGCCUUUAAAGGAGCUGGGAGAGGUAAGGGAUCAUCCCAAAUCCUGUGAGGCUGAGAAGAGCACGCAGGGCUCGUGGUUUGAUGUUGGUAUUUGGAGUGACUGCUGAUCAAAAAGCAGAAUAAAAGGCAGGGCUGUGCAGAGAGCUGCUCUGAGAAAUGCCAGCCAGGUGGAAAUGGCUUUAUCCAUUCACCUGGGACAGAAAAGGACAAUGCCCCAUCAGACCUGGCUGCUUUUUACUGGUCACAGGUGUUGGGUUUUUAAUGGCAACCAGUCCAAGCUUGAACAGGGCGAGGUCUUAAUCUGCUUUUAAUUGGUUUUGUCCUGUUCAGCCUCGUGCUCAGAGCCUGGCCCUGAGCCCUGGUGCAGCCCAGUGUGGCUGUGCCUGUCCCCAGCACCCAGAGAGCUCCCAGGGGAGUGGCUGUGAUGGCUGAGAGGAGAAAUGGGGCCUGUGCAGCUCCCGUGUGUGUCCAGUGAGCAGGAGCAGCUUGAGCUGGGGGCUGGCAGGAAUUUGGGAUCAGUGCUGGUGACACUGAGGGACACACUCAGAGAUAACCAAAGAACUUCCCUGCUGAGCUGAGCCAGGUGGGGCCUUUGCCCAGGAGAAGGGGAGGUGUGGCCCAUGGGAGCUGCUGCUUUCCAUGGGCAGCAGCCUCAGGAAAACACGGACAGCACUGAGUUUUCCUCCUGUUUUUGGUGUCCAGCCUCGGGUCUGGGCAGCUGUGAGCACCCUUGAGUUUACAUCCCCCCCUCGACCCCAAAGCUCAGACUUGAGUAAGUUUUAAAUUGUUUUUGCUCUGGUGGAUUGUCUGGUGUGAAAUCCUGACCCCUGUAAGAAAUAUUCAGAUGAUAAUAUAUACAAAGCAGAAAAAAGAACCCCCAGACGUUACCUUGUGAAAUAUACUUUUGUAAAUAAUAUUUAAUUUUUUUUAAAGAAAUAAUAUAUUUGGUGCUGUUUUCUCAGAGCCCCUCCCUGAGAGCACUUUUUUUUUUUUUUGUCGUUGUUGUUUAUGAUGAGCCUGUUUUCCUUCUGUAUUUGUUGGAAAAUAUGUUUAAAGGGAAACAAAAAAUCCGAUUUACGUUGUCCUCUGAAGUGGAUCCGUGUUUCCUGUGGAUGUGGUGGGGUUUUGGGCUGGGAGGGGCUGCAGGCACUCAGGAGGGCCCCAGGUCCCCUCUGCCUUUCCCUGGGGCCAGGCCCCCUUUGCUCCCAGCAGGAAUCCCCCAGAGCCCCUGGGGCUCCCACUUCUCCCUGGGUUGUGGGAUCCAGGUCUGGGAUUUGCCUUGCACCAGUGCUGGCUGGAGUGAGAAGCUCUGGAGCUGCAGCCUCAGAUUCGCAGGGAUGGAGGAUGGAGCUUUGAACCCAACGCUGAUUUUAACCUAAACCACAAAUCUUUGGAUCCUGCUUUUAUUUUUGAGGGGAGGUUUUUUGUUGUUGUUUUGUUUGUUGUUUUUUUUUUAACCAGGCUGCUACAUAACAAAUUAGAGUAAAAGUUUACCUCUCUUGGCAGUAAAGUUCAUUUAUUUUGUUCUCCUUUCUGUCUUUAAUCUCCCCCCUUCUCGCCCUCCUUUGUUUUUAUUUCACUUGGUCUCUUGUUUAUCCCAAAGUGGACCAACAGCACAAAGCACUGGACUGUGUUUUGCUGAGCAAGGAGCUGUUCAAGAGCUGUUGCAGGUUCUUUAAUUCUCUGGGUUUGGAGAACUUCAAACACCACAGGAACAAAACCAACCCUGCCAGACAAACCCCGUUGUCCUCGUGAUGAUCAAGUGAGAAUUCUCUCUCUCUCUGUGCAUUUUUCUGGCUGCUCUGUGAGAGUGUGUGAAUCAUGCAUUUCACUGCACUUCCCUGCUUUGGGAGGAGCUUCCAGGUGAAGCAGUUUUGGGGUGAAGAGGGGACACCAAACACCAAGCUCAGCUCAGUGGGAAGGAGCUCUUCCCACCACGGGAGAGGCCUCAGUGCUCAGAAACAAUCAGGUCAGACAGAGGUUUUCUGCAGAAAUCCUGGUGAAAAAGAACAAGCAGAAGAGGGGAAACGAAAUCAUCUUGAAUUCAGAAAAAAAAAAAAAAAAUCAAAAAUCAACAUAUUUAAAUGCAAGCAGAAUGGCAUUGUGUAAGGUACAACCACAAAUAAGCUGUUCUCAUCGUUACAACUGUGUGUAUCCUUUGUUUUGUUCUUCCUAAGGAAAUGGGAAUGCUUUCCCCACUGACAAAACUAAGGACAAUAUUUCCAAUACCAGCCUGUCUAUGGAUGCUCUCGUGUUUACAAAUUGUGUAUAUUUUUAUUUCUUUGAUCUUAUUUUAAUUUUUUUUUUUGGCAUAUUCUUUCAGGUCAUUUGCUUCAGUCAUAAAUGCAAUUGUUUGUUUUCAAAUAAUUGGUUUUCACCUUUUCAUGUAUUUGUACAUUGUAUAUAGUUCUUCAGUAUUAGAGGGAGGCGUAUUGUUUGUCAUAUUUACAAUAUGUGUUGGUGCUCAUUUGAGAAAAUAAAAUUUUCAAGUACUAAA